AUGGUUGGAGCCACGGGAAAGGGAUUAGAUGACGUUGCUCCGGAGUCAGCAAUGGGAGGUCCAGCACCCAUUCCUCCAGAGAUGGCCAACCUCAACCUUGAAUUCGCUGAACUUUUCGACGAAUUUGCCUGGCAAGAAGUCGACCACCUAAGGCCGCAAACGAAUUUAAGUGUAGCAGUGUUUGCAGAGAUUAUGCAUCAGGCAUUUGGUUAUCCCUUGUAUCCUCCCUUCAACCCUUUUGCCAAUAACAUCAACUUCCUCCUUUCCAGCUACUAUACUCCUUACGUCGGAGGUAACGUUAAUCUCCAAUGA